AUGCCGCGUGCGAGGACGGUCCUCGUGACGGGAGCCAACGGCGUCAUAGGCCAGAGCGUCGGUCGUGCGUUUUCCCAGGCAGGCUGGACGACGUACGGCCUGCUUCGAAGCCCACGGAGCGCGCAGGACUUGGUCCGUGAAGAAAUCAUCCCCAUUGUGGGAUCUGCCGCCAACUACCUGGAGUUUGUCGAUUCUCUGCCACCCAUCGACGUUAUCGUGUCUUGUUCCGAGGACAUCAAGAACUACAAAGUGCACUUUGACGAUGUGCUGGCGAUGAUAUUGGGGGUCAGCUCGUCAUCUCGCCGCCAGGGCGGCCCCAAACCGCUGGUCAUCUUCAGCAGCGGAUGCAAAGACUACGGGACAACCGCACGGCACGGCGACCCUGACCUUGCGCCACACACGGAAAACAGCCCGCUCAAUCCUCCAGCGUUGUUGGCGAAACGCACCGAGUGUGCACUCAGCAUGUUUAACCACGCCGAAGCAUUUGACGCCGUAAUCACGAGGCCGACGACGGUCUUUGGCCGAUGGGGCAGUUGGUAUGCGGUGUUUUUCAUGUUGGCUGAAGCUGCCAAAGCCGCCGGGCGGAGCAGCUUCACGCUGUACUCAACGCCUAAUGCGAUCUUACACGGAACGCACGUCGAUGACGUUGGAAGUGCGUACCUCGCAAUCGCAGAAGCCCCGCGACCGGUGGUGGCGGGACAGGUCUAUAAUAUCUCUGCCCACUCCUAUGAGACGCUGGCGGACAUAGCCACAGCGCUGGAAAAGAGCCACGGCGUGCAAGUGGACUACGCCGACCCCGGACCGAAGGAUGACAAGGAAUUUGGCGUCAACUCGGUCUUCAACUUUCCUCAAUGGGUCGACUCGACCAAGCUCAGAUCUCACACCGGGUGGGUGGACCGGAAGCCGCUAUUCCAUGAGGCGUACGAUGUGUAUAGAAGAGCAUUCGAGCAAGCAAAAGCCGACAAGAGUGACCAGUAUGUCAGGUACAAGGAGUACCUUUCGUUACUGAAGGAUUCGAGAUAUAUCUUCGACGCCGAUGAGUAA